AUGGCGGCGCUCUGGAGGGGCUGCGCGCGGCUGCUGGCGCGGCGGCCCGGGGCGGCGCAGGCGCUCACGGCCGGGGCCCUGAUGGGAGCUGGGGAUGUGAUUGCACAGCAGCUGGUGGAGCAGCGGGGGCUGCGUGGGCACCAGUGUCCCCGCACCCUGAAAAUGAUGGGCAUUGGCCUCUGCUUUGUGGGCCCUGUUGUGGGCAGCUGGUACAGGAUCCUGGACUGGCUCAUCCCAGGGAACACAAAAGUUGUGGCUGUGAAGAAGGUGAUCCUGGACCAGGGGGGCUUCGCUCCGUGCUUCCUUGGCUGCUUCCUGGCUGUCACAGGGGCCACCAACGGGCUCUCGCUGCACGAGAACUGGGCCAAGAUCCAGCAGGACUACAUGGAUGCCCUGGUGACCAAUUACUGUAUCUGGCCACCCGUGCAAAUUGCCAACUUCUACUUUGUGCCUCUGCAGCACAGGCUGGCUGUUGUCCAGUGUGUUGCCAUCGUCUGGAACUGCUACCUGUCCUGGAAGGCGAAUCGGAUGUGAGGCAGGAGCCGAGUGCCGUGGCAGUGCCCAGCUGAGCCCUGCGUGAUCCCACAGGAGCCCUGAGCCCUGGCAGUGCCCAGCUGAGCCCUGGCAGUGCCCAGCUGAGCCCUGCGUGAUCCACUGGAAACCUGAGCCCUGGCAGUGCCCAGCUGAGCCCUGGCAGUGGGCACACAUGGCAUGGGCAGGCUGGGGCACGCAGGGUCCUGCAGUAGCCCCCUGCUCCUCUCUCAGGGGAGCACCAUCCCCGGUGGGCACAGCUGCCCUGGGCAGGGGAUGGUGCCAGGGCAGCCCUGGCUCUGCUCACGUGCUGUGCAGCAGCUCUGCCCUGCUGUGCCCAGCCCUUUGCCAGCCCUGCCCACAGCGUGCUCCUGCCCCGAGUGGCGCUCAGACCUUCCCCGCGGCUCAUCCCAGGGACGAGAGCAGUGCAAGCGGGGCAGGGCUGGCCCUGGCUGUGCCAGGGGCACGGAGCCGGGCACUGCAGGCUGGGCACGCUCCCCCUGAACACGGCGUUUGCUGUGCCUCUGCUGUGGGCAGGCAAAGCAUCAAUAAACAGAACCUUCGCUUCUGAUGGCCACGGCCCUUGUGGCCCGACGCGUCCCCGGGCGCUGAAGGCGCAGCUCU